UUUACCUUGCUGAGCCUGAGCAGAGGCGGGAAAUGGCGCCUGGUAACAACGGUGUGUCAUUACGACGGCCAUUGAGUAGAUAAGGAAAAAGUAUCCCCAGAAGACAAAAACAAUCACUGCCUUUUCUGCGAUGGCUCCCGGGUCGUGAGUCGCUAUUUUCACCCAGCGAGGACCAGAGUGAACCUUACAUGUGACUGCUAAAACGAUGAGGCUGAGAAUGCGUAAGGCGUCUCAGCAACCCAUCCCCAGUCUGGCACCUCGCCCAUCCCGGACCAAGAGACGGCAUUCAGACGUAGAAGAGGACGCUCCUACCAGUGGGAGGGGCCUGUUCUCGACCAUCAAAAAGUUCAUCAGAGGAAAUGCAGUCAAGCAGGAGAACCCGGCCAAGAAGGCGCGUCUCCAAUGUGACGUGGACAAUAACCUAAUCACCUCAACUCCAGACACCAACACCCCUCGCAGCGCCGUCAGUAGGGUUGGCAGGAAGGGCUCCGUCAAUGGAUUGGCAACCAACCAUAACAGGAGCAAGGAGAAGCCCAAUGGCAGUCUGGAGGAGACAACGGCUGCUGAGGUGCCGGCCAGCCCUCCUCGGACAACUCUUCUUGGGACCAUCUUCUCUCCUGUUUUCAACUUCUUCUCACCAGCUAAGAAUGCCUCUCCUGGCUCAGACUCCCCAGACCAAGCACUGGAGGCUGAGGAAAUAGUGAAACAGCUGGAAAUGGAGCAAACUGUAGAAACGGCCACCAGCACCAUCACUUCUACACAGGAGCUAUGUACCACCACAAACUUCUACUCCAGCGUAUCCCAGCUGCCACCUUUGCGGCUUCCUCACAUCCCGGACGUAUGCCCCGCAGCAGAGGAGGAUGACAUUGAUGCUAAUGCUGACCUUCCACCCCUCACUGCUCCAGGCUCAAGUCCAGAAAUGGCAUACAUGAACUCUCCUCCCACCGCAGUACCACCGGAAGCAUCCUAUGAGGAAGAAUGGGAAGUCUUUGACCCGUAUUUCUUCAUCAAGCACGUCCCACCAUUAACUGAAGAGCAGCUCACUCGGAAACCAGCCUUACCAUUAAAGACUCGUAGCACACCUGAAUUCUCUUUGGUCCUCGAUCUGGAUGAAACGUUAGUCCACUGCAGUUUAAACGAGCUGGAGGAUGCAGCACUUACCUUCCCUGUGCUCUUUCAGGAUGUCAUUUACCAGGUAUAUGUGCGCUUGAGACCGUUUUUUAGAGAGUUUUUGGAACGCAUGUCUCAAAUCUACGAGAUCAUCCUUUUUACAGCCUCUAAAAAGGUGUAUGCAGACAAACUCCUCAACAUCCUGGACCCUAAGAAGCAGUUAGUGAGACACAGGUUGUUUCGGGAGCAUUGUGUCUGUGUCCAGGGAAACUACAUCAAGGAUCUUAACAUUCUAGGCAGAGAUCUGUCAAAGACCAUCAUCAUUGACAAUUCACCGCAAGCCUUUGCAUACCAGCUGUCCAACGGUAUUCCCAUUGAGAGCUGGUUUAUGGACAAGAAUGACAGUGAGCUGCUGAAGUUAGUGCCCUUCCUGGAGAAGCUGGUUGAAAUGAACGAAGAUGUGCGUCCACAUGUUCGGGAGAGGUUCCGUCUUCACGACCUGUUGCCUCCGGAUUGAACUCCAGUCUCUCAGACAGGGACAGCAAGGAAGGACUGAAAACCAAGUGUGUAAAAAGCCUUUGCCAUUGCUUCAAUUUUGUUUUUAUUUUUUUAACACUAUCCAUUCAAAAGAAAAGCAUUUUCUGUGUGAAUUUUUCUAAGAAGCCCAGAAUUUUUUUUGACUCUCCAGUUGUGGAGCGGACUUUGGUCUCCACGCGAAAGCAAGGUUUUGGUGCUUGCUAAGUGGAUGUAAAAAGGCCACCUGUUAUGGGAAACCCGAGGUGCUGAACCCAACUUAACCUCUGGUGCUGAAGCUGUUGACACUCCAGUCUCCACAGGAAGGACUGGCUUGUAAAUCAAUACGUGCGUCGCUGUUCACUCCUGUUGUGUUUCGCAAAACUGUAGCCUUUAUAAUCAUAUGCAUUCCACCCUAGCUGAAAACUUUGCUGUUUUGUUUUGUUUUUUUUUAAUGAUUUUAAUUAGCAUUUCUACGUUUUAUCUUUGUAAGGUGUUUUAGAAGGGGGUCUAACUGUCAAAUCAGUGUGAGCCAACUCUGGUUUAGCUUUGUUGUGGACAUUAAUUGUUAGGUUUAAGAAUCUUCAUAUGUAAAUCUGACAGCGUAUGGUUUGAGGGCAUUCAUGUUUGAAGUGCUUCGUGUUGACGUUAACAGUAUUUGAUUUGUCUGGAAACAGUAUUGUCUUUCACGCUUAAUCAAGUAUUGGGACUUAGUCAGAGCCGUUUAUUUCUUUAGUUGUCAUUUGAUGGCUGUACGAUAAUGUAGCAUGGCCAGUGUCUUCUGACAUGUGGUUUAGAACCUCAACCAGCCACAUCUGGCACCAGCAUCAUCUCCCCGCGCGUUUCCUACUGUUUUCGAGAUUUAAAAGAUUGUCUGUGCGCGUGGGUCGAUCCUUUUCACCACUGACACAUCAAUAUUUUGCAUUAUGUGGAAGCAAGCCCCUUUUCUCCACUAAAAGAAAAAAAUCGGAUAAGUGAUCAUUAUGAGAUUAAAAGUCGAAAUUAUGAGAUAAACGUCAUGAGAUAAUGUCGAUGUUAUGAGAUAAAAAGUUAGAAUUAUGAGACAAGUUGAAAUUACGAGGAAAAAAGUCGAAAUUAUGAGAGUCGUAAUUAUGAAAUAACAGUCAUAUUUAUGAGAGAAAAUGUCAUGAGAUAAAAGUCAAAAUUAUGAGACUUUUCACCUCAUGAUUUUGAUUUUAUCUCAGAAUUUCAACAUUUUUUCCUCAUAAUUUUGAUUUACCAUUGGGGAUAUUUUUUUUUUUUCAGAGGUGGAAAUGGGCCAUAGCAUUAGGUUUGUAUCAAAGUGCUUUUUUUGUUAUGGUGAGAUGGAAAGAGACAAUCAGACCCCAUCGUUGAGAACACCGCACAUUGCUGCACGUUUGUGUACUUGUAUUCAUUUGGAGAUAGAUUUUUACACAGCUGGAUCCUGAUUGAGUCUGUUCUGUUCUGUUGAACACAGGCGGUUAUCAGAGAUGGCCACCAUCUGUUCCGCACCGGCCCGGCUUUUUGCCGUUUGCAUCACGUUAGUAUCGCUCCAAGAAUCGGAUUCAGCUUGUGUGUAUCAUACAAGCGCAGCAGGCCACAGUGGUAUUCCUGUGUACUGUUGCGUACACGUCCAGACGAUGAAUGUAAAUUGUGCGUAAGUGGAAGUCUCAGGUGUCUUUCCUCAGUCUUUAUGAUGUUUCUAUUGUCAACAACCUGAACAAAUAGGCUUUGGAGGUUUUAAAGUGGAGCUUGAAACAUUGUGGAGAAAAAGGAGAUGUACCUGGAGACCCCCACGGUGGUGCCCCUAGCAGCCAGACUGUGUGAGGUUCAUCUGAGUGGUGAGUUUGUUUCUGAGGAAUCACUAAGAGGCAUUUCAUCUAGCUCCUUUUUACGUGCAUUACCUGUUUAUUGUACACUCAGAGUGGUUCAAUACAAGCAGCCUCAUAUUUAAAAAAUUAAAAAAAAAAAAUCCUUUAAGGAAAAAAAAUGUAUCUUUUGAUUUUAAAAAGGCAUGUCAAAAGAUAAAUUUUACAUCAGAGCUCCCCCCUCCCUGGAAAGUAAUUGUGUAGUUUAGCACAAUGUCACCAAACUGUUCAACUUAGCAUGUAGUUUUAACGGGGGAGCUUUUGCUACAGAAAAGAGUCAAAUAGUCCAUUUCUUUUUUUCCACAGUAUCUGUUAAGCCAUUUUACUUGCAAGAAAUAUUUGUGCUCAAGAUGUAUUUAAAAUGUUUUAAGACAUCUUUGUAAACCGCCAAGCUAUAUACUAUUGUAAAGUGUAUAUAAAGUUACAUUGAAUUUCUGAAACAAAGUUUUAAAAGUUAAAAACC